AUGAAUAUCGAGCAAUUUCUUGACGACUUCGAACCUCGUUAUAUGGAAUCUUACCAUCAAUGUGAGCAAUGUCCCUCGUUGAAAACUUCUCAUUCUCAAUUAACUUUGAGCUCUCCUUUAUUAGAGUCAGAACCAACCUUCCCAAUCUUCCCGCAGCGGGCUGCGGAUCUUGCAUCUUCAAUAUAUUCUGACUCUUGUUCUCCACCAUUACAACCAACAAAAUUGUUGUUGGAGUCCAUAGAAACCUCGCUGUCACGUUUGUUGCAUCGCAGACACACUUCCAAACUGAAAAAGUCCACCGUUGGGAACCCAUAUUAUAGACCAUCCACUCGGUCGGCUUCUUCAAUUCCUACUUUAGCGUCCUUAGAUACCGAAUAUCACCAUAUAAAAAGGAGAAACGUAUCUGUGGGCACGGAUCUGGGUUCUGAUUAUGAACUGCAAGCGUCGUUUUCGUCGAUCGAAUCAUUCUUGUCGUUAGAUUGUGAAGCCCAGUCGUUUCAAGACGAUGAAAAGCUGGAAUAG